AUGAGAUCAAAACCCAAAUGCAAGUCCAAAUCCAACUCAAAUUCCAAAUCUAAAUCCAAAUCCAAAUCCAACUCUAAUUCGAAAUCCUUGGCAUUAUCGGUGUUUGUAGAAAAUGUGGUUAGUGAGGAGGAAGCAGUGCCAUUGAGCUCCUACGACCCAGAGCUCGUAGCGGCUGAGAAAUGCAGCCAACCCAAAACGCAGCAGCAGCAGCCCAAGUGCCUGAGGAGGUCGCCGAGACUUUCUCCGCUGCCCGAUUUGCCUCCUGAGACGGAGUUCAAGAGUAUUUUGGGAAAUGUCGCUUCCAGAAAGUUCGAGAACAAGUGUACGACGAGCAUAAGAAGGUCUCCCAGAUUUACGUCACCAGUGGCGGAAGCUGAGAAUAGCAAAACUGGGACUGCAUCGCUUCAGGUGCACGCCAUAGUACCGUGGGCCCGUGGAAAAAAUACCUACUUGUACAGGUACAGGGAGAGCCAAUAA